CUUCAAUCGUCUACACCGCCGUUGAGCAAGGACGAGUGGCUCUUCCAUGCGAUAUAUCCCCGCCUGCAGUGAACGACUCGGUGGCCCUGGUUUUAUGGUACAAAGAUGAAUCAACUCAACCUAUUUACAUGCUGGAUGCCCGCAGAGGAAAUCUGAAAGAGGCUCAUCAAAUGGCAGGCCAACAGCUGGAAUAUCGCGCCCACUUUCACAUGAUCAACAGGCCAGCGUUCCUUCAAAUCGAUCCUGUACGAAAAGACGACGGAGGAACUUAUCGGUGCAGAGUAGACUACCAUAAAGGUCGUAGCAUCAACACUGUUAUCAAGUUACAGGUUGUAGAACCGCCAUCUGAGGUUAUAAUACUGGACAACAAGAACAAGAGGUUAUCAGGUAUUAUAGGUCCUUACAACGAGGGUCAGUCGUUAACGCUGAUCUGCCAAUCAUUAGGAGGUAAACCCCGACCGACAGUUUCUUGGUGGAAAGGUAAUUCCUUGUUGGACAAAGAAUAUGUUUUCCUUCCAAACAAGAUAGUUGAGAACGUGUUAAAUAUUCGUAAACUGUGGCGAUACGACUUACUAACAAACCUAACCUGUCAGUCGUCUAACAACAAUGUCACAGUUCCAGUAUCCAGCUCUGUCAGUAUCGACCUUAACCUCAAACCUGAAAAAAUCAAACUGGAACCCUUUCAAGUACCACUGAUUGUUGAGGCCAAAGUAGAGUUUCUCUGCGUAACCACGGGUGCUCGCCCAGCAGCAGUUAUUACAUGGUGGCUAGGAAAUCGGAGACUGCACUCAGCCUCUGACAGGGAGGUUAACAGCGGGUACAGCAGUAGCCUUUUGACAUACACGCCAUCUACAGAAGAUAAUGGGAAGUAUUUCGUUUGUAGAGCCGAAAACCCUCGAAUGCCAGGAAGCAUCAUUGAAACCGGAUGGUACAUUAUUGUGAAUUAUCCUCCAGAGCUUGUACUCCAGCUGGAUAAACUAGGAGAUGUCCAAGAAGGAAUGGACGUUUAUUUCGAAUGUCACGUUCGAGCCAAUCCACCGACGAAUGAGAUUAGCUGGGAGUUUGGAGGGCGUGAAAUCAAUCUAAGUCCCGUGGCCUCAAUAGCCACUAUAAAUAAUGGGACCCUCAUCUUACAAAAAGUCAGUCAAGCUCACAGAGGGCGCUACAGAUGCUCUGCCAGCAAUCCUGAAGGCCUAGGUGUCAGUAAUGAGAUAUUCUUGCAGGUUAAGUAUGCCCCUGUAUGCCAGCCUCUUCGACGAUCAUAUGGUGUGGCCAUGGGUGAAACUGUGUAUGUGGAUUGUGCACUGGACGCUGACCCACCGGACAUCACUUUCCAUUGGCGUGUAAUUACUCGUUCCGGUCAAUCAGAUGAUAUUCAACACACCUGGGACCAAUCAGGUAGUACAGCUACUUAUACCCCGAAAACGAGGCACGACUAUGGAUCAUUGGAGUGUUGGGGAACCAAUAAGAUCGGCGUCCAAAAAGAACCUUGUUCUUUUAGCAUUGUUCCAGCUGGCCCACCAGAUCCCGUGAAUAAUUGUUCUGUGCUGAAUCAGACGGAACAUACGAUCUUUGUUCAGUGCCUUAAGGGUUACGAUGGUGGUUCGCCCCAGAGUUACACGAUAGAAGCUUAUAGCUUGGAGAGUGGAAAGCUUCUAGCUAAUAUUAGUUUAUCAACCGAACCAAAGUUUUCUGUUAGAGACCUUCCAGCGGACACAGCUAUACGAUUUUUGGUGUUAGCUUCCAACGUUAGAGGUCGGAGUUCACCAAUAGUUUUGACAGCCCACACACUCCGAUCACCAGCGAAAUUAACUGUACGAGAGGAUGACGACAACAGUGGUGCUAUCACUCCAAUGGUAGCAGCUUUCAUCGUGGUGGCCGUUGUGUUGGUGGUGGUGCCAGUUACCGGAAUAAUCAUCAUGAGAAUAAAGAAAGCGAGAACUAGACAAGCUGUCUGUCAACAAGAGAAAAAUGACGAAAUAUCUGAUAUAAGUUACAACAAAAGUACAAACAUUGCCUCGGACCACAACGAUAAAGGUCCAGAUAUCAUUCCAGAUCAAAUGUUGGCCAGAGUGUUUAGUGAAGGCAUCCUUGGUACUGAAGAUAAAUGCUUACAGCUUGCAACGUUCACUGAAAAUCCACACACGGACAGAUCCAGCCAAGCCGGCAGAUCAUCUGAAAGCAGAUUAAUCAGAGAUAGAACAUCUUUAAACGAGUUGGUUCAGCCUCAGUUAAGUACAGGCCUUAUGAAG